AUGAAUGGUUUCAUCCACCAACACAUUUUAACAAGCUUUGACUUUGGAUCUUACCAAUUAUCGGGUUCUGAGAGUUCCUACGACAGUCACACGGAAUUCAGUUCUCCGAAUUCCGACCAAGAGAAUGUGGGGAAGGUGAGAAAACGAAAGCGAAAAUGCGUCCAACAGCAGGUAGUGCAGAGACAGGCGGCUAACUUGAGGGAGAGGCGCCGCAUGCAGUCGAUCAACGACGCGUUCGAAGGGCUGCGGGCUCACAUCCCGACACUGCCCUACGAGAAACGGCUGUCGAAGGUGGACACGCUAAGAUUGGCUAUUGGUUACAUCAGUUUUCUGUCAGAACUCGUCCAGAGUGACACGCAAACCAAGGAGAAUGUGAACAGUCAGCCAGGAGAACAGCCGAAAAAAGUCAUUAUUCAUUACCACAGAGGUAUGGCAGAGGAUAUAGGAAAAUAUGGAUUCCCUCCCCUAUCUGGCCACUCUUUGUCAUGGACGGAUGAGAAAAAGCCCCACUUGGGACCGAAAAAUACGAUGAUCGCUAAAAUCUGGACCCCCGAAGACCCGAGAAAACAUAAAAUGCGGACAGAAGCAGACUGUUCUGGUCUCUUAGACUCGACUCAAACAGACAUGUGA